AUGCUACUAUUCCCCGGGGACCGAUGGCGUCUGAGUCUGGAAGUGCUGCUGCUAUCGUCGGUGAUGCUGUGUAUAGUGUUGUCUCACGCCACUCUUCUCUGGGCUGUAUCGUCAUCGCAGCACAGUCAUCAUCAUUGUAGAGUACGCACGGAGGAACAAACACUGCUGUUUGGGAAUAACAACAAGAGGAGUCGCAGUCGUCGUCAGUGGAAAAAAGUGCCCCGACCGAAGCCUACACAGAGUAGGCUAGACUGCAUAAGCCAGCGGCGGCAGUCAUCGGCAACAGCAGCAGCAUUGAGCAGUGAAGCACCGGAGGACGGGAUCGAAGGUGUGUUUCGACCGGGACGAAAAGAGAGAACCCCCGGACCCCGACACCGACGGAUCGUCAUCAUCAUCAUCGUCUCCGUCACAGUCGUCGUCGCCGUCGUCGACCGUGUCUGGGAGACCACCACCGGAGGAGUAGCUGGCUGGCUGACUGGCUGGACACUUUCAAGAUCUCACACACCAACACACAGCACACCAAGUGACUCGGUUUCUCUGUGUGCGCGGCGAAUCGAACCCGUUGCUUUCAUCUCGGAAGAUUUGGACCCGCCGUCGGUCAACUUCCGAAUAUCAGAAAAUAGCAUUCCAUGGGACAAAGUUGUGCCGCUCGGAAAGGUCGCGCUACCCGAUACGGAAGAUGAAGAAAACGAGGGGGGAGUAGCCAGUGGGGAAGAUGUAAUUGUUUUCGCUACGGUGUGAAGUGCUCUCUGUGUGGGAAGAAUUUCGGAAGCAAAGAAGGGGGAAUCGAUCAGGGAAAGCAAGUGAGAAAAAGGUGUGAAAUAAAAUGAAACUAGUGUAUCGAGAUCGAUUUUUCUUCGACGGCAACGAUCAACUGCUGCUGCUAGGCUGUCGUAGUGAGAAUGCUGCUGUUGCCCUCCAGGAACGUUGGUUGUCAUCUGGUACGUCUACGGCAACAACUUCCUGUUCCUCCUGCUGCAGUUCCUGGCAGAGUCCCGAAUUCUGCCACGAAGAAAUUCGAGACUGUCAGCAUUACUGCUGUCGCUGGAACAGCAACUCUCAACUUCAAGAGCAAUCGGUUCUCGAGAGAUCAUCAAGCGUGUCGUCGAUUAUCCACGGUAAUAGCCGCAACGUCGACAGGUCUCACCGCUGCCACCUGCAGCAGUAACGUCUUCCAGUGCCGCCCGUCCAGAGCCUACUAUUGGCAUCGUGUGGCUGGUAGAGACCCUCUCCGCAACACUGCCGAUCCGAGAAGGCGUUCGAAGCGGUACAGCAGGUGUACCAUAACCACCCACCCUUUCAGUGAAAUACCUUCGGUCAGUAAGCUAUAGCAACAAGGCAAAAACUGACCACCCAAAAGCAGUCGUAUUGUAGGGAAAAAGGAAAAAAAGUGCAUCGAAAAAUUGUGUAUAGUUCUUUUUUGAGAGUAUAUGUUCAUUGAAAGAAAAGCAAAAUAGUUUAUUACCCCCUGAAUACUGUGUGCAUUGGAACGAGAGCAGAGACUCGUCGAACAGAAGAAAAAGAAGAAGAGGAAAACGACGGAGAAAGACUCCACCGUGAAAGCAGCGAAAUAUACAGGGAAGAAAGAAGAAACCCCCAAGUGAAAAAAAAGUUACAAGAAACAAAGUGUCAGAAGCAGCAUAAUAUAAGCGCAAGAGACGUACGUACGUGAGAAAAAGAUAGCCCUGGCGGACGAAGACGACGGCGACAACGAAGAAGAAGAACCCGAAGCAGAGAAACAACAACAACAACAAGUAGAAGACGACGCCGAGAAUCAUACCUCUCUUCAUUCAUAAGCAAUGAAUAGGAAUAUAGUAAAAUUCUAUGCAAUACUAUUCAUCAUGCUGUCAUCAGUUGUGUUAAUCACAGGUGGGUCUGCUCCUUUUGUAGUUACAUUUUUUUCCAGCGGGUUGAUUUCCAUAGAAGGGUAUAAUUGUCAUUUAAAAACAAACAUUUGCGAACAUAGUGCUGAUGGUUCGUUCAGUCUCAUACAGAAAUAAAUUCUGUUGGCCUGCGUAAACGCAGUGUUAGACGGGUGGAGUGAGCAAAUUACCUUAUUAUUGCAGGGGUGUUCCAACUGCCACUCGCAACAAUCGUGACUUUCGUGAAUUUGUAGUGGUUUCACUGUCAAAG